GGCCCACAUGAAAUACUGAGGCAAGAAAGUUCUAGCGAAAAAAUAAAACAACAGUAUAUAACACAGUGUGGUCAGCGAGAGUCUUUGAUAAAUCAGAUCGAAUUCAAACCCGAAGAAGAAGAAAAGCGAAGAGAUAAAACGAUGUCGUGGCAAACAUACGUUGACGAUCACUUGAUGUGUGAGGUGGAAGGCAAUCCCGGUCAACACCUCUCCGCCGCCGCUAUCAUCGGCCACGACGGCAGCGUUUGGGCUCAGAGCUCCACUUUUCCCCAGUUUAAGCCUGAAGAGAUUGCUGGUAUUAUGAAAGACUUCGACGAGCCAGGCUACCUUGCUCCCACUGGAUUGUACCUUGGUGGAGCAAAGUACAUGGUAAUUCAAGGAGAGCCCAAUGCCGUUAUUCGCGGCAAAAAGGGCUCUGGAGGCGUGACCAUAAAGAAAACUGGCCAAGCUUUAGUUUUCGGAGUCUACGAUGAACCUGUUACCCCAGGACAAUGCAACAUGAUUGUUGAAAGGCUUGGGGAUUACCUUGUCGAGCAGGGCCUGUAGGUCCCUUCACAAGUCAUACCAUUACUUUCUAUAAUUUCAAUACAUUGGCUAUAUGGUUUUGUUGCUUCAAGUUACAUGUAUGACUGAACUGGCAGUGCAGUGAAGUGUUGGCUGUAAUAUAACAGUGGUGAACUUGUUUGGUUUUUUUAGUUAGUGUUAUGGUCUUCUGUUACUGCCCAUCUACAUCUACAUUAUAGUGUUUCAAAUUGACUGAUGUUACCUUUGUAAGAGUUCGGAUGUCCGAAAUUGGUUGUUAUUUGACACCUCCAUUGAUCGUGAUUCAACUGAUAUCUUAUUAUCUGCUUGCUUAU